UCUCUCAAACAAUUUUUUCUCCUCUCUAGCCACUAGAUUUCCUUCUCCAACGUGGUUUCCGGCAGUCGGCGUUGCCAAUUUUAGAGAAAGGACGAUAGAAGGCUCAGGGGAAGUGCAAAAUAAAAACGAAUUGCUCUUUUUUGGCAUAGGUUUGCUCCCUUGGAGACUUUCAGUUCCCUACCCCCCUCCCCUCGGGGGUCCUUUUUCUAAAUUCUGUUGCUUUUCUUCUGUUUCCAUGGGCAUAGGAAUUGGUUUUUUCCUGUUCAUUCAAGAGAUUUAUACUUAUUAUUGUUUUGUAUUCAGAUAAACUUUGAGGGCGCAUAAUUAUACUUCCAUUGGAGAUACUUUAAAAUCAGAAUGAAUAACUUACAUCCAGAGAUGAAGGUUAAGAGAAUAGUUUGGAAAAGCAGCAGCAGGGAAAGAUUUGCGAAUGAAGUUAAUGAUGACCAUGAUAGUUCUUCAAGAACAUCUCAGGAUGAUGCGAAAAAGAGCCACUGUUGUGAUCGUUCACCUCUUACUGCAGUCCCUAGCACUCGGGAUUCUGAUGAACCUGAAAAUCAUGAUGCAUCAAUGAACUUCCAAUAUGAUCUGCAGAACCAGCUUCUUUGUGAUCCUCAGACAUCCAUGUUACAAACAAACAAUUCACUGUAUGGACCUUGUAUGAUGCCCCUUCUUCCCAUUCCCAAUAUGCAAGAACGUAGCUCAGAUUUGCGUGUCAUCUUGAAUGGAGCAGCAAAUAGAGGAGGAAUUGGGCCACCCGUAGGAGCUGUAGAUAUUGGUGUUAGCAAGUCAGCAUAUUACUUUUGUGUCGCCCUACCUGGAGUAAAGAAAGAUCCUGGUGAAUUUAGCUGUGAGGUCGAACACGAUGGAAAUGUUCAUGUGCGAGGGGUGACAACAACUGGUGCAAGAACUGUUUCGAGGAAUUCUCGAGUCUAUGGAAUGAAGUUUCAGCAACAAUGCCCCCCUGGACCCUUUACUCUUUCCUUCAGUCUUCCAGGACCAGUUGAUCCGCGACUUUUUUCUCCCAACUUUAGAUCUGACGGCAUUUUUGAAGGUGUCGUAGUAAAAAGUGAAAGAGACUUUAGUAUGAACAAGUAGGAACAAUCUUGUCCACCAAGAGAAGUAGAGCAAUGGCUUUCGCCCUUUCUUA